AUGGAACAUGAUAAAGGAGCAACAAAAGAAGAUGAAGCAUUAUUAUUAUUAUUAUUAUUAUUAUUAUUAUUAUUAUUAUUAUUAUUAUUAUUAUUAUUAUUAUUAUUAUUAUUAUUAUUAUUAUUAUUAUUAUUAUUAUUAUUAUUAUUAUUAUUAUUAUUAUUAUUAUUAUUAUUAUUAUUAUUAUUAUUAUUAUUAUUAUUAUUAUUAUUAUUAUUAUUAUUAUUAUUAUUAUUAUUAUUAUUAUUAUUAUUAUUAUUAUUAUUAUUAUUAUUAUUAUUAUUAUUAUUAUUAUUAUUAUUAUUAUUAUUAUUAUUAUUAUUAUUAUUAUUAUUAUUAUUAUUAUUAUUAUUAUUAUUAUUAUUAUUAUUAUUAUUAUUAUUAUUAUUAUUAUUAUUAUUAUUAUUAUUAUUAUUAUUAUUAUUAUUAUUAUUAUUAUUAUUAUUAUUAUUAUUAUUAUUAUUAUUAUUAUUAUUAUUAUUAUUAUUAUUAUUAUUAUUAUUAUUAUUAUUAUUAUUAUUAUUAUUAUUAUUAUUAUUAUUAUUAUUAUUAUUAUUAUUAUUAUUAUUAUUAUUAUUAUUAUUAUUAUUAUUAUUAUUAUUAUUAUUAUUAUUAUUAUUAUUAUUAUUAUUAUUAUUAUUAUUAUUAUUAUUAUUAUUAUUAUUAUUAUUAUUAUUAUUAUUAUUAUUAUUAUUAUUAUUAUUAUUAUUAUUAUUAUUAUUAUUAUUAUUAUUAUUAUUAUUAUUAUUAUUAUUAUUAUUAUUAUUAUUAUUAUUAUUAUUAUUAUUAUUAUUAUUAUUAUUAUUAUUAUUAUUAUUAUUAUUAUUAUUAUUAUUAUUAUUAUUAUUAUUAUUAUUAUUAUUAUUAUUAUUAUUAUUAUUAUUAUUAUUAUUAUUAUUAUUAUUAUUAUUAUUAUUAUUAUUAUUAUUAUUAUUAUUAUUAUUAUUAUUAUUAUUAUUAUUAUUAUUAUUAUUAUUAUUAUUAUUAUUAUUAUUAUUAUUAUUAUUAUUAUUAUUAUUAUUAUUGUUAUUAUUAUUAUUAUUAUUAUUAUUAUUAUUAUUAUUAUUAUUAUUAUUAUUAUUAUUAUUAUUGAAGGCAUUAAUCCAUAUGUAUUUAUAUUAUCCAUAG